CAGCGAGGAAAUGAGUCGUCGGCGUCGCAAACUGAAACCCGACCCCCCUAAGUGAUCGCAAUCCGCAACCGCAUCCAACCCCGAAAAACCCUCCGUAAAUGACAAUCGAGAUGGUUGGAGGUGCCAGUCCCAUCUCUGCGGCUAAGCUUUUUUUAUUUGGGCGAUGCUUUUAUAGGACCACAAGCUCCUAAUCCACAAUUUCAAAUACUACAAUUUUAGAGAUAUUUAUAUAUUUUUUUUAUACUCCAACUACCACGAAGGCCUAAGGCCUAAGCACCCAUUGGGUACCGUGGGGCUAUUAUAGGGGGAUACAUGGGAAAGGCGUGACGCCACACGGACUCUGGCGAGGGAACACUUGUGCAUGCAACAUGCACACAUUCUGGCUCCGCCUACGAGAACCGCCGGGUGGUACCUCCGCGUUCGACAUGAGCAAGCAAUUGGGAUUGGGCCACAGAAAACUUCCAACCUGA